UUUUUUACAGUUGGUGUGCAUUAGUGCUCAGUGUAUCCAGUCAGUCAUCUUUGUUUUCAUUCUCCGUCAAGCCCCCCCUUUGAUAUACCCUUUUUCUCUCUUUCAGGAGCAGCUCUUUUGUAAGCCAAAAUGAAGAUUGUGGACAAAAUCAACAAGGCGCUCGAGGACGACCGGUGUUUCUGGUCGUUCGAGUUCUUUCCGCCCAAGACGCAGCAGGGCGUGGUAAACCUGUAUGACCGCAUAGAGCGCAUGUGCAACCUGGGCCCAUUGUUUGUGGACAUUACAUGGCGGUGGGGCGGCAAGUCCUCGGACCUGACUCUGGAGCUGUGCUCGAACUCGCAGACGGUGUAUGGCGUCGAGGCGAACAUGCACAUGACGUGCACAAACACGAACUUUGGGCUGAUCAAGGAGGCCCUGGCGAAGGCCAAGGACCAAGGGGUGCAGAACAUCCUGGCGCUGCGCGGCGACCUGCCCGACAACUCUGUGGAGUUUGACCCCGAGAUGGGCGAGUUCAAGUAUGCAACCGAUCUGGUGCGGUACAUCCGGCAGACGUACGGCGAGUACUUUUGCAUUUCGGUGGCCGGCUACCCGGAGGGCUGCAUGUGUCCGGAGGACGUCGACAAGGACAUCGCGUAUCUGAAGGAGAAGCAGGAUGCCGGUGCCGACAUAGUGGUGACUCAGCUAUUCUACGAUGUGGAUAAUUUCCUGCACUGGGUGGACAAGUGCCGGGCGGCGGGAAUUACGAUGCCGAUUUUGCCUGGGAUCAUGCCGAUCCAGAACUAUAGCGGGUUCAAGCGCAUGACGGAGCUGUGUCGGAUCAAGGUGCCGCAGGAGAUCUGGGACCGGCUGGAGCCAAUCAAGGACGACGACCAGGCGAUCAAGGACUACGGCAUUGAGGUGGCGGCCGAGAUGAUCAGCAAGAUGCGCAAGGCCGGGGUCCGCGGCUUCCACUUCUACACGAUCAACCUGGAGCGGUCGACGCGGCUGACGCUGGAGCGCCUGGACCUGGUGCCGACCGUCGAGGAGGUUCGGCCGCUGCCGUGGAACCCGUCGCUGUCGCAGAAGCGCGCGGGCGAGAACGUGCGGCCGAUCUUCUGGCGCAACCACGCGCGCAGCUACAUCCAGCGCACCGAGUCCUGGGACGAGUUCCCCAAUGGCCGCUGGGGCGAUGCCCGCUCGCCUGCCUACGGUGAGCUGCUCCAUGGCGUGCAGGUCAGACUCAACCCGCAGCAGGCGCUGCGCAAGUGGGGCACGCCCAUGGACGUCGACGCAGUAAAGCAGCUGUUUGUGAAGUACUGCCAGGGCAAGCUCGAUGCGCUGCCGUGGAGCGAGGGGGCGCUGCAGCCCGAGACCGAGAUCAUCCAGCAGCGCCUGGCCGACAUGAACGCAAAGGGCUUCCUGACCAUCAACACGACAAGAUCCACGGCUGGGGGACCCACCAAUGGCUUCGUCUACAAGAAGGCGUAUCUGGAGUUCUUCGUGUCGCCCGAGAACCUCACGCAGCUCCUGCAGCGGCUCGAUAGCCAGCCGACGGCCACGUACUAUGCAGUCAACAAGGCCGGCGAGCUGCGCACCAACUGCCGCGAGGACGGCCCGAACGCCGUCACCUGGGGCCGCAUCAGCUUCCUGGCGUGGAAGGACGAGGCGUUUGACUUUUGGAACGCGUGGUCGCGCAUGUACGAGAAGGACAGCGAGGCGGCUGGGCUGCUGAAGAAGCUCGGCGACGAGUGGUUCCUGGUCAACAUUGUCGAGAACAACUUCCAGAAGCCGUCCGAGUCCAUCUUUGAGCUGUUUGACGGGCUGGGCCAGCCGCUGGUUAACGGGACUGCCUGAAGGAGACAAAUGGACGCUCAUUAAUCAUUAAAUAACUGACCAAUCACCGCAUCCCACAGCUGGCAGGGCUCAGAGAUGUGGUUUGAAAUCCAGGCCAGCCACAGGAGUAAGGUUUUUGGCUCUUCUCACUUUUUUUCUCAAUUCACGCAUUUUCACACCUU